AUGAAUGCAUAUAACACAGACGGUAGAUAUUUAUUGAUAAUUUAUGAAAAAGUAUUUAAAGUAAUUUACAUAAAGAAUUUAAAAGAUAAGAAAGAUGAGAACGUGAAGGUGCCCGCAUUAUUUAUAUAUCGAAAGAAUGGGAAAUGUUUAGAGAAGAGAAUAUUAAAAGAGAAGAUAAGAAAAAAGAGUAAGAAAUAUGGAAAUAUAUUAAAUGAAUUAAUAAUAGACAAUUUAAUAGGUACCAUAGAGUUUAGGAAUGAGCUAUUUUUAUUUGUAGUAGAGAAAUGGAGAUUAUUAAGUAAAUUUUAUUAUAUGGAUAAAUAUAGGAGUAUUUAUAAAAUUGAGAAGGUUCAUUAUAUACCAUAUAAUGUAGAUAUCAUACCAAUAAAUGCUGCAAUAAAUAAUAGUUUAAAUAUAGAUGACAAUUCGAAUAAUUAUUUUAUAAAUAAUGUAAAAAAUAAUGAGGAUAUAAAUAAGAAUUUUGAAAUAAUAGACAACUCAAUAAAUUUCGAAUAUAACAAUAAUAAUAAUAACAACAACUUUGGAAUAAUUACAGCAUCUUCUCUAAAAACUAUUGACGUUGUAAAUAAGUCUGAUGAUAUUUCAUAUGAUUUUUUUAAUACGAACAAUAAAAAUAUAAGUAGCUGUCAAGGUAAUAAUUCUAAUAAAAAUGUAACUAUGAAAAAGUCGGGCAAUUUAGAAAAUGAUAAGAAAGACAACAUUUUGAAUGAUUUUGAGGUAGUGGAUAAUAUUAAUAGUUAUAAUUCUUAUAAAAAUAAUAAUUAUAAUAAGAAAGAAGAAAAAAAUAAGAAAAUUCUUACCUUCAAUAGUGCAAAAAAAUGGCUUACGACUCAAUUUAAUCAUAAAAACAUUUUAAAUAUUAUUUCAGAUAUAACAAAUUAUGACAGCAAGAAUGUUAAUGAAAAUGAUCGAAAUUUGGGAAAAGUACAGAAUGAAUUAGAAAAGGAUAAUAAUAGUUUUUUAAAAAAUGACAAAGCAUCUACAUCAUCUUAUAACACAUCUGCAUGUAAUAACACGAAUAAAAUAAGUACUCUUUUUAGUUCCCAUACAAAUAUAUCAACAAUUGAUGAAAAUAUGUCUAUUAAUAAAAGUGACAAGGAUAGCUAUUCACCAAAUAAUAAUAAUAACAAUAUUAACAAUAUUAACAAUAAUAAUAAUAAUAAUAAUAAUAAUAAUAAUAAUAAUAAUAAUAGUAGUAGUAGUAGUAAAUGUAAAAGUAAUAACAAGAAUCUGAAUAUUCAUAAAUCCAUGAGUUCACAUACCAAUAUGAGCAUACAUAAAAAUAUGAAUGUUAACACAAACAAAAUGACACACAAUCACAGCAAUAAUAAUAAUGAUAAUAUGAAACAAUCUAGUGGGGAAAAGAAUACAACAACCACUAAACAUACAAGUAGAAAUAAUUACAAUAAUGAUACGUUAAAUAAAAUGAAUUUUAAUAGUGUCGAGAAUUCCUUGAGCUCCAUAUAUGAUGAAGAUAAUUUAAGUGAAUCCAAACCAGAUACUCCAAAUUAUAGUUCAAAAGUUCGCACAAGUUUAAUUGACAAUACAUUUUUUAAUAAAGAAGGAAAUGGAAAGAAGGAGGAAUUAACUGUACUGAUAAAUAAUAAAAAUAUUGUAGACAGUGAAAAUAAUAUAUUAAUUGGCAUAAAAAAAGAUGAAAAAAAAAACAACCAAAGCAAUUCCAUGUUUGAUCAAGAUAAUGAAAAUGACAAAAACAUUUUAUUGGAUAAGAAGAAUAUAAAUAAUAAUAAUAAUAAUAAUAAUAAUAAUAACAAUUUAUUGUAUAUAAAUAAAAAUGAUGUACAUGAUAAGAAUUAUCAAAAGUUGAAUAUACAUGAAAAUGAUGUUAAUAAAAGGAAUUCACGUGAUAGUAAACUUUCAGAGGCUUUAUCAGAAGAUAAAAAAGGAUCGAAUGCUAGUAAUAAAAGUUCCAUAAAUGUAGUUAAUAAUAAUAUAAAAGAUCUUAUUAAUCAUUCAUAUUUUAAUGUUAAAGGUAAUCCAAGAAUGCAAGAAAAUAGUGAAAAGAAAAAUUCCUAUUCUUCGCUUUUUAAAAAUGAAGAUGUUCGAAAUGAUGAGAAAAAAAAUAAUUCCAAAAUGGAUAUACAUAAAUAUUUAAAAACUAUUCAGAAAUUAUUAAGCGUCCAUAUGUAUUAUUCAUAUGAUUAUGAUUUAACUCAAUGUAUUCAAAAAAAAGUAAAAAAUAAUAUAGAAGAGGUCGAAGUGGAACCAUUGGUAUAUAAUACUCGUUUAAAUAAUUUAAAUAAUAAAAAGAAAAAAUCUUUUUUAAAAAUGUGUGAAAAGAAAUAUGUGUGGAAUUACCAAAUGAUAAAGAAGACGAAAAAUAAAUGUAAAAUUGAUGAUAAUUGGUUCUGUUCUAUUAUACAAGGAUAUAUAUCUUACACAUCUAUCGAAAUAAAUAAAAAAUGUUUAGAACUACUUUUAAUAAGUAGGAGGUCUUCUAUUUUGGGUGGAACUCGAUUUAAUAAACGAGGCAUAAAUGAUGAUGGAUAUGUAGCUAAUUAUGUGGAAUCUGAGCAGAUAGUUCGAAUUAAUAAUAGAAAUAUAAAUCAUGUGGAUAAGGUUGAUCAACUAAAUAAUAAGGAUAAUACUUCUAUGUCGGAUAUAAAUUAUGAUUCAUAUAAAAAUAAAAAUUUUACAAGUACGAAAGGGAACCUGGACAAAAAUAAUAGUAAUAGAAAUAAUACAUAUAAUAAUAGUAAUGUAUCUAAUGAGAUAUUAGCAUCCCCCAACUUAACACAUGAUCAGGUAAAUCAUUUAAAGGAAAAUAGUGUGCGGGAAAAGGAUAAAAAUAAUAAUUCUUUUGGUUCGUCUCAGGUGGUUGGAGGUAAUAUUUCAACGGAAACGAAAGAGCAAUUUGUUAAUAAAGACAAAAUCAAUCAAGGAGUUUUUGGAACAUAUAAAAUGAAUGAUUCAUAUGAUAAUAAUAAUAAUAAUAAUAAUAAUAAUAAUAACAAUACCAAUACCAAUACCAAUAACAAUAACAAUAAUAAUAACAAUAACAAUAAUAAUAACAAUAGCAGUAGUAGUACUAAUAAAUAUGUAGGAAGAAAUUUUGAAAAUCGAAUUAUAUCACUUGUUCAAAUUAGAGGUUCUAUUCCCCUGUUUUGGAAACAACAUUCCAUGUCGUCACAUGUUAAUAUUCAACGAUCAUCCUUAUUAAGUAUUAAAGCAUUUAAAGAGCAUAAUAAGAAAUUAAUUAAUAGUUAUGGUAACAAUAUUUAUUAUAUAAAUUUAUUAAGUCAGAAUAAAAGUAAUGAAAAGAAAUUAACGAAGAAAAUGAUUGAAAUGAUAAAUUUUAUAAAGAAAGAUAAACAUUAUAAAGAAAAAGAUUACAUUAAUUAUAUUGAAUAUGAUUUUCAUAUUUCUGUGAAAAAUAAGAGUUUUGAAGAUGCAAUGAAUGAUUUUAUUAAUAAAAUAUUAUUAAAGGAAAUAAAGAAUGUGUCAUUUUUUAUUGAACCUAUAAAAGUGAGCACGAGUAAUAAUGAAAAUAUAAAUAACAAUAGUACUACUACUACUACUAAUAAUAAUAAUAAUAAUAAUAAUAAAAAUAAAAAUAAUAUCAAUGAUAAGGACUAUGAUGAUGAUGAUGAUGAUAAUGAUGAUAAUGUUGAUAAGGAUAAAGACGUGAACAAUAUUAAUAUAAAUAAUACUAAUAACGAUAAUAUUAAAAAUAAAGAUUACGGUUAUGAUAAUGGAGAUGGAGAGAAUAAAAAAGAAUCAUCGGGUGCUUUUCAAAAUGGUGUAUUUAGAACAAAUUGUUUAGAUUGUUUAGAUAGAACUAAUGUAUUUCAAUAUUAUUAUGCCUUAUUUUUUAUUUUAUAUAUAUUACACCUUUCAAGGAAUGAUAUGUUUUUGAAGGCUGUAAAUAAGUCUUAUUUAUGUUAUUAUAAAAAUGUAAAUAAUAUGUAUAAUGAUAAAAAUGUUACUAUAUUAACAACACUACCUACUGAAAAUUACUUACUUGACUUAUCUGACAAAUAUGCAAUGAAUAGAAAUUAUGAUUAUGUAAAUAAUAAAAAUGAAAAUAUGGGUAUGUUCGAUGGUUUUUCAUAUAUAAUUAAUGAUGGAAGAUUUAUGAAUAAUAAGAAAACAUCAGAUACUGCUGAUGAAUUAAAAAGAUUAGGUUUAGAUCAAAAGAAAGAAAAAUAUGGAAAUUCAAAUGAUAAAGAUUAUAAUAAAGAGGAUAAAAAAAAAGUAGAACAAAUCGAUGAAUAUGUUUAUAUAUUAAAACAUUUAUUUAAAAAAAUGUGGGUAGAAAAUGGGGAUAUUAUAAGUACACAUUAUACAGGUACAGGUAGUGUAUUUUCUUCACAAAUAAAUGUAGGUAGAUCAUCAUUGAGUACUAAUAUUGAUCAUGCAAUAAAAUCGAUUGAACGAUUUUAUCAAAACAAUUUUGAAGAUAAUUUUAGGCAAGAAUGUAUAGAUAUAAUUUUAUGUAGUGGAAAGUAUAAUAAUAAUAGGAGAUCAUUCUUAGGUUCUGAUUUUACCUAUUUAUUAAAUUGUAAUAAUACAAGUACUGUGAAUAAGGACUCUACCAAUAGUAUGAACAAAUAUGAUGUUAAUAAUAACAACAAUAAUAAUAAUAAUAAUAACAAUAAUAAUAAUAAUAAUAGUAAUAAUAAUAAAAUUUUGGAUCCUUCCACGAAUUCUUUACAACAAAAUAAACUUAACCUUAAGAAUAAAAAAUUAUUAAAAGAGAACCAAGAGAAAGGAAAUAAACAAGAAUCCAAAGUUCUUAGUAAAAGAAAAAGAGCUUUAUUAAAACUGAAAAAAAUAUCCGCUGCAUAUAAUAUUAAUACGCAUCAUAAUUGGAAGAAUUUUAUUCAUAAUACCAAUUCUGUAAAAGAUCAUAUAGAUAAUUCUGGAAAUAAAAACAAAAAUGUAGAUGGAAAUAAAGAGCUAGGCAAAAAAGAAUACGAACAUAAAACUAAAAGAAUUUUGCAAGAAAUGGAUAGUUCAGAUGAAUCAGAUCUGGAAAUAGAAGAAAAUAAUGAAAAAUUUUAUUUUAAAGAAAAUGCAAAAAUGGAUAUGUAUGACGAAGGUAUGAUUGAAAAUAUAGAUUAUAAUAAUAUGAAUUAUCCAGUACUUGCAAAACCUAAUGAAUAUUAUGAGGUGGAGGCAAAUGGAGUUGAUGAGGAUGACGAAGAUUAUGAUGACGAAGAUGAAGACGAUGAAGAAGAAGAAGAAGAAGAGGAUGCUUAUAAUUACGAUAGUAAAAAACAUCUUAAUAUUCCUUACAAUGAUGUAGAAGGGAAAAUUUUAAAAAGUGAUGUUAAUUAUUUAAAUAAUAAAAAUAUGAACGAUUUAUGGUCAAGAACAAACAACAGUAGUAGUAUCAAUAACACAAUCGAAAUCGAUAGUAGCACUUCUGAUAGUAUAGAAAAGAAAAGAAGAAAUCGAAGAAGAGAAAAAAUGCGAAGAAGAAGGAGAAGACAAAUGAAGAAACUUAAAAAUAGGAGUGAUUCUAUGUAUUUAGAUGAUAUGCAUAAAGAUAAUAAAUAUGUUUAUGAUGUUAAUAAUGAACCUAUUUAUAAUGAUUAUUUAAGUCAUGAUCUUAUAAAUCAAUAUUGUGUAGAUUGUUCCAAUUCGAAAUUUGUGAAUAAUUAUGCAAAGAAAAAAAUUAUUAAUACAGAUUAUGAAGAACGAAUUAUAAAAUUAUGGGCAGGUACAUGGAAUUUAUGUGGAGGAGAUUUGGAAGAAUUACAUGAUAUAUCAUCAUGGCUUAAUGAAGUUGAUGAUUAUAUUGAUAUGUAUGUAUUUUGUUUCCAAGAAGUCGUCGAAUUAACAGGAUUUCGUAUAUUAAUGAAUAUGAAAGAUAAGUUUAAAGAGAAAAAAAUUGAACAAAUGAUUACACAAACAUUAGGAGAAGUAUCUCAAAGGCAAAAAGAAUUAUAUUUGAGAGGAGCGAAAUAUAAUAAUAAUAGUAAUAAUAUGAAAAUAAAAAAGAAAAGUGCUCAUGUUGUAUCGGAAACACCUUAUAGAAAUGAAAAUCGUAAAAAUUUAUACGCUGCCAAUGAAGAAAAAGAGCAAGAUGUUAUAAUGAAUAAUGAUGAUGUUGAUGAUGAAUAUUAUGAAAAUUAUUUAAAAUGUUUUAAUGAUGAUUAUAUGAAAAAUGGAAACAACAGAAAUAAUGUUUAUAAUGAUAAUAAUAAAAAAUCAAAUAAUUAUAAAUAUGAUGAUAUGAACAUACUAGCACAAGGUGAAGAACCAAGAAUUACAGAGGAUAAUAAUUCAUUGCUGGAUAUAUCAAAAAAUUGUUUUUUAAAUAAUUAUUUUAAUAGUUUAGAGGGUGAUGGUUUAAAUUUAGAUAUAAUGGGUGAGAGGAAAAUGUCAUUCUCUAAUUUGAUGGACAUGGACAAGAGGGAGUAUAUUGAUGAUACAAACAAAUAUAAAGAACAUGAUGAAUAUAAUAAUAUAAAUAAAGAAAUGGAAUAUAAUAACGAUUUUAAUUUAAUGGAUGCUUUAGAAGAUUAUGAUAAUAUAGAGAAUAAAGCUAAUAAGCAUAACUACAUAAAUGAAGAUUUAUUGAAAAGUAAUGAAACACAUAUAAGUUCAAAUGUGAAGGAUAUUUUUCAAAAUAAAGUACCGAAUAGCUUGAAUAUGAAUUUGGAUGAUAUAUUUAACGAUGAGUUUAUAUCAAAUCCAAAGGAGGAUGAUUAUUAUAUUAAUUCAAAUAAGGGAAAUAUUAGAGGUUCUUAUGUAAUUGAAGAAUUAUAUAAUCGUAAAUAUAAUGAUAUGAAUAAUUAUAAUAUGAAUGAUGAAUUUGAGGAUAAUGUAUUUGAUAGAGAUAAAGAUAUGGAAAUGAAAAUGGCUAGAUCGAUGGAUAUGUACGAUAGAAGAGGUAGUUACUUAAAUGAAAUUGAAAAUAAAAGUAGAAAUAUAAAUGAUAAUAUAAAUAUUAACAAUGACAACUUUGAAAUUAAUGAAGCUGACGUGUUUGAUAAUAGCAGUAAUAAUUUCAGAGUAAAAAAUUACAACUUUACGAGUGUACAAGAUGUUUUUGAAGAUUGUGAUAUCAAAGAAUUAGGAAGUAGUAAUAAUAAUUUGAUGUAUGAAAGAAGGUAUGACCCACCAAAAAGGAAAGGUAGAAAUUUUAAUGAAAAUGUAAAAAGGGAAAUACAUAAAAUAGAUGAUUAUUAUGAAAAUGUACAAAGGGAGAAAAGAAAGGAUAAUAAGGGUUUUGCUGCUGCUGGUACUAGUAAUUAUAAUAAUAAGGAUUAUGACAAAUACUUUUUAAACUUAAGAAAAUUUAAAUAUGUAAAAUUAAAAUCUGUAUCCAUGAUUGGUUUAUUUAUUAUUAUAUUUAUUGAUGAAGCUUUAGUUGAUCAUAUAAGAGAAAUAGAAGUAUGUAAGGUGAAAGUAGGGCUUAAGGGAAAUACAGGAAAUAAAGGAAGUGUAUCUGUUAAAUUUAGAUUAGGAUAUAAUUCCUUUUGUUUUAAUAAUAUUCAUUUAGCAUCUGGUCAAACAAAUAUAUUUGAAAGGAAUACACAAAUGCAGAACAUUUUAAGCAAUAGUUUUCAAAAUCAACAAUUAAAUAAUUUAUUUAAUUUUGAUUAUUUCUUUGCAUGUGGUGAUUUUAAUUUUAGAAUAAACAAAAAUCUUGAAGAAGUACUUAAAUUAAUAUCUAGCAAAAAUAUUAAACAUUUAUUAAAUUAUGAUCAAUUUAUUUAUAAUAAGAUGUAUAAUAUAUUACCUUUUUGUCUCUUUCAUGAGCACCCCAUAACGUUUAACCCAACAUACAAAUAUAAGAAACAUUCGAAUAUGUACGACAUUAGGAGAACCCCUGCCUGGUGUGAUCGUGUUUUAAUGAGUGGCAAACUUGUACACUUAUCCGAAAUUGAGAAGAAAAGGAAUGAACAUAUAUCAAGAGAACAUUAUAGGGAACGUAAUAUUAGCAUAGACCAGACAAAUAAAAGUGAUAUGGUUGAUUAUAAAAGGAAUAAUAUGUCUGAUAAGGAUAUAUUGAAUGAUUUUUAUAAUAAUGAUAAAAUAUAUUUUAAAUAUUUAGAUUAUAAGACACAUAAUAAUUUUUUCUCAAGUGAUCAUAAACCAGUUAGUGCUCUUAUUGAAUUGAAAGUAUUUUUUGAUAAAAAAGAUAUUGAAUAUAAAUUAUUACAAUCUUAUAGUAUGAAAACAGUAGAUGAAUAUGGAUAUUUAGGAAAAGGCUCAAGUAAUACAAGCAAUAGUAGUAGUAAUAAAAAUAAUAAUAAUAAUAAUAAUAAUUUAUUUGAUUAUUUUUUUUCCAAUGGUUAUGGUAUAAGUAAAUAUACUACUAACCCUAUAUCCCAAAUUCUUAAUUAUUCAAACCCCCUUAAUGCAAAAUAUAAAAAUGAACCGAAUGAGCAUUCGUUUCAUGAAGAUGCCAUAAGAAAUAUUGAAAAUUUUGAGGAAUAUACAAAAUGA